AUGUAUAGAAUUUAUUCUAUGUCAUUGGUAUGGAUUGUACUAGUUUGUUCGUUGAUGAUCGCCGGAUACAACGGUGGCGUUGGUGUCUAUGCCCAGCAGACCAACAUCACCUGUACCCAACCAUCGACUUCAUUCUAUAGUCUCUCCUACCAAUUGAUCAACGGUACAACCAUUAACUUUGACCAGUUCAAGGGUUGUAACGACCUCGUAGAGAAGUUUGGAACCACCGAGUUUGUCAUCCUCGGUUUCCCAUGUGCCCAAUUCAUGAAUCAAUCACCAGGAUCAGGUGACGAAAUUCUACUUACCCUCAAAUACAUUAGACCUGGUAAUGGUUUUCAACCAGCAUUCCCAAUGUUUGCCAAAUCUAAUGUAAAUGGUGAUCCAUCAACUGUAAAUCCAGUGUUCAAUUGGUUGAAAUCGGGUUGCGGUCCAAUCACACAAACGAUUUUAGAGACAAGUUUGAUUAGCUGGACUCCAGUAAUGACCAACGAUAUUACAUGGAAUUUCGAGAAGUUCCUCGUAAGCAAGACCGGUCAAUUGUACAAGAGAUACUCUCCACAAACUCUACCAGAGCUUUUGGCUGAGGAUAUCUAUAACUUGAUCGACGCAGACUAUUAA